AUGUGCAUCAUGGCUUGCAACCGAUCCAAUGAGAUCCCCAAUCUCUCCAUCGACCAGGGGACCUACCUCAGCCAACACCUGAGUCCCCAGUCUCGACCCGCCGACUACUUCGACAGGCCCGACCCUCUCGCUGCCAACUGGAGCUAUGACAACGCCAUUGACCUGUUCUCCAUCAACCCCACCGAUAUGGAGCCCGUCUCAUUCGACUUCGCCGACAGUCUCACAAAUCUCGAGUCCAAGGAUCUCUUCAGUGACCCAUUUGCUAGCUCUGGGAUUAGUGGCUUCUCCAUGCCCGAGGACGCGGCUUCGCUCUCAUCGGUACGACUCUCCCCCUCCCAUCAACAUCUUAAUACAAAGCUAAUCUCCCUAAAGGAAUUCGAAAGUGAUGAUCAAACAUGGCCGUCUGCUGUUGCCCGGCAAUCCAUCGACUCGAACACAUUCGAAACCCAGUCGACAAACCAACCUACAAACUACCCCUCUUCCCAACUUCCAACACAGAGCAAGACUCGCUCAUCUUCAACAAGAUGGUCAUCGAGUCCAGAGAUGAAGGAAGAAGAGAUUGCUACGCUCCAACCCUCCAAACCCACCGCCUCCACAUCCCGCAAGACCCGCAGCUUCUCCCGAGACUCAACCCGCUCCUCAACGGGCGGCCAAGACCCUCAAAUGCGGAAUGCCGCCAAGCGUGCCGCCCAUAACAUCAUCGAGAAGCGCUACCGCACCAACAUGAACGCCAAGUUUGUUUCCCUCGAGCAAGCCAUCUCCCCCUCGGGUGUUCAAAAACAUUCCAAGGUUGGCGCGGGGUCUCUCAAAAAGUCUGAGAUUUUGACCAAUGCUCUUACCUACAUCGAUGGUAUCCAGCAGGAGAACCAGGCUCUGCACAAGGAGCUCGCACUUCUCAAGCAGAACUUGCUACCGGGCGGAAUCUGGCGCCACGCCAAGAAUCCUCGACUAUGA